AUGUCGAGAAAUAAAACGACGUGCGACGAAAACCGGCCGACCGCCGAGUUCGACCGGUUUGAAUUCCGGGGCGGCCGGUUGAUCGUCGGAUGCAAGUGUACCAGGAACGACGGGAUGCAGCACUAUUGCGAGAGACUGAAGUGUGUGGCCGACCGGCCGCUGUGCUUAACUUACCCGGCGGCCACCUGCCUUCCCAGCCUGCCAUGUCCGCCGCGGCCACCAGACCUCCCCCUACACGACGGCCACCACAACAGCAGCCGUGCCGAGUCACAGUUGUCGCAUCAGCCGGUGGACGGUGGUGGUGGUGUUACCGACGGCGUUGUCGGUACCGGUGGAGUAGGGACUGGUGGUGGAGGGACCGGUGUCGGAGGGACCGGCGGCGACGAGCGCGCGGCCGGACGUGACGCGCGUUACCGACCUUUCAACUCGCGACGCAUGCGAAAGUGGGCCACAGAUCAAUACGACGACCGUCCCGCGCUCAGAAAGUUUUUUCAACCCUGCCGAGUCCACUGUUUGCAAUACAAGAGGCACAAGGGCGUCUGUGAUGCACGAGAGACGAAAAGGCGAAAGUGA